AUGGGGAAAGCUCGCUCCUUGCGCAUCUUCUGGAACGACCCGGAUGCCACUGAUUGCUCCGGCGACGAUGAGGACCCCUGCUUUCUUCCGGGGCGCAGCGGGAGGUCUGGCCGCCGCGGCAGGCCGCGGAAGAAGGCGGCGGCGUCGUCGCCGGCAGGGAGCAAACAGGGGCGUGCGGCGGCGGGGAAGUAUGCGGCGGAGAUCCGCGACCCGUCGAGGGGCGUGCGCGUGUGGCUGGGCACCUUCGACACCGCUGAGGAGGCUGCGCUGGUGUACGACGCCGCCGCUAUCCAGCUACGCGGCCCUGGCGCUACCACCAACUUCUCGCCUUCCGCCGCCGCCGAGUCUCGGGAAAAUAACCCCACCUACUUCUCCGCCGUCUACGAGUCGGACUCCGAGACGCACACGCUCUCAUCUCCGACGUCCGUGCUCCGGGUUUUCUCCGCGGGAGGAGGGGCGGCGGAGGAAUGGUGGAAGGAAGGCGGAAUAUGGCUGCCAGAAAGCACGGAGGAGCUGGUAUCCUUCGGAAUCAUGCCGUUAUGUAACGACAAGUGGGAUCUUGGGAUGAUGGAAUCGAUUUUCACAGACGAGGUGGCGGUGGGAUCGGCGUCGUCGUCGGAAUUGGGAUUGGGAUCGUCGACGUGGAAGGGAGACGAUUGGUUCGGAGAGAUCGGCGAUCUGUUCCCCGUCGAACCAAUCCCUGCUCUUCUUUAAUAACAGCUCGUCGUUAAGUAUGUACCGUAGCGGAUGUGAUUAAGACGUUGCGAAACCGGUUUAAAAUCUGUUACCAAAACGGUUUAAAACCGUAUCGGGGAAGCGUCUUUGUUUGCAAAUUUUGUUGAAGUUUUGGGCAUAUAUCGCUCAUAAACGCAGCUAAAUAUUUAUCAAAA